CUGCGACUUCCACUUCUACAGCACCUGAGUGAUGAUGGCAGCGGUGAGGCUCCUGGCGGCGCUGGCGGCGUUCGCCGUCGUCCUGGGCGAUCAGACGUCCCACGUGAGCAUCAGCCACGGCAGAGCCCCGGCCGUCCAGCAGCCGCGGCCCCACGCCAGGCCCCGCCCGGUGCCCCACCAGAGCCAGAGGCCCACCUACGGCCCUCAGCCACAUCCUACCCGCCCAUCCUACCGCCCACAGCCAACCUACCCCCCACGCCCUACCUACACCCCACGACCCACCUACCCCCCACGCCCUACCUACACCCCACGACCCACCUACUCCCCACGACCAUCCUACUCCCCACGACCCACCUACCCCACCACUCCAGCUUACGGCGUCAAGCCCCACGCACCCUCAGGAUACGGCUCCGACGUGCCCGCCUGCGCCGCCGCUAGCGGCAAGCCGUGGUGCCUCGAGGACGAGGAGUACCCCAUGUACGAGAUCCAGGGGGCCGCCGAGCAGAACGCCGACAAGCUGCUGUCCCUGUACGCCGACGUGGCGGACCUCAACACGGAGCUGUCCGUCGACCUGCCCGGCUACCAUAAGGAGGAGACGUACCUCUGCCCCUCCGAAACUGCCUACGUCAGGCCGCUGCGCGCCGUCAACUCGGAUGGCAAGUGGCGCUUCAUCGUCAACGGCAUCAAGGUCCACUACGAGACCCUGACGCAGACCACGCGCCUCGAGGAGUGCCUCAACGAGGGCUACGCCUGCCCGCUGGUGCCCAAGUGCUACGAGUCCAAGUGCCUCCAGAAGUCCAUCUACCACCGCUUCCUCGUCUACGACCCCUACGACAAGUACUUCCCCUUCGCCAUCGAGACCUUCAAGCUGCCCGCCAGCUGCGGCUGCCUCCUCGGCGCCUCCACCCUCGACCACUAACUCCACCAGCAGCAGCAUCACAACUCUCACUCCCAACAUGACCUACCCACUGACCUCUCCCGCCUGCAGAGUGCUCGACUCGCCUCUUAUCCCUAGUCUAAGCCCGUCCCAAGCCCCGUCCCGGCUUGCCAUGGCCCAACCCGGCCACACGUGAAGAAAGCAGUUCUCUAGUCAUCUUGGUGCUCAACAAAGCCUCAACUUGCUCAGCGCAAUUCAUUAGUCAUAUUUAAUAUUCUGUUUAUAUUUAACUGUCGUGCUAUAUUGUAGCAUUUCAGGAUCAUUUUCUCAGACAAUAAACAUAAUGCAUUAA